AUGCUUGUACCCACACUCUCGGACGAGGUCUCUGUGCCUGGACGACGGUUCCAGAAGCUCAGCAGCAUAUCAUGCAUGUCUCUCAUCAUCAACAAGAUGGUUGGAACCGGGAUUUUUUCAACUCCUGCUAUUAUUUUCAAGUAUCUUGAAGGCAAUGUGAAGCUAUAUUUAUUCUUGUGGCUCGUAGGAGGGAUUGUUAUUUUCAGUGGAUUUGCUAUUUUUCUCGAGUUUGCCUUGAAUCUUCCUUUUCGAAACGGUGGCGAAAAAAACUACCUCAUUAGAGGGUUUCCUCGUGCUCCUAAAGGACUACUUGGUUGCAUUUAUUCGUUUCUGAUUGUGUUAUUAGGGUUCAGUUCCGGCAAUUCCUAUGCUUUUGGAAAGUAUGUGGUGUACGCUGCCACGGGAAGAGACGACGGUGGCCACGAGGGCUUGGUGAAGGCAAUUGGUGUGGCAUGUAUCACUGGCUGUGCUCUUCUUCAUGUCAAUUUUUCCAACCAUGGAACAGCCCUUUUCAAUAUUCUUGGAGUGUUCAAGAUUCUUGUUCUUUUCCUAAUUAUUGGCAGUGGUUUCCUCGUGUGGACGGGACUUGUCAGUCCUUUGCACCAGACAGAAGCAGCUACAAAUUUUGGAGCAUCUGGCUCUCCCAGCUCCUAUGCCAUUGCCGCAGCACUUUUGGAGAUAAUUUAUUCGUUUAAAGGGUGGGAAAAUGCCAAUUACGUGCUAAACGAAAUGGAGAAUCCUUACAAAGUACUAGUUUUUGCAGCUCCAGCCGCAGUAUCGCUUGUCACUUUACUUUACUUUCUCGUCAUUCUUUCCUAUCUCGUGGUCAUUCCAAAGCUGGAGCUUUUGGACAGCGGCGUUCUCGUUGCAGGAAUCUUCUUCACAAAAAUUUUCGGCGAAAGCAUCACUUCGAGAAUUCUUCCAUUGGUGAUUUCUCUCUCAAAUCUUGGAAAUGUUUUGGUGGUUUGCUUUGCCCACGCCCAUGUCAAUCAGGAAUUGGCCAUGAACAACUACUUGCCCUUCUCCAGCUAUUUCCAGAACAUCAACCACGCCAUAUGGUUGCACUGGUUUGUGACCGUGUUGGUGUUGGUGGUUCCUCCAUCGCAAGACAUCUACGAAUUUGUCGUCAAUCUUUACAUCUAUCCAGGAACCUGGAUCAACGUUCUUCUCACAGUGGGCCUCAUAUACCUCAAACUCAACUCUUCAGAACAGUGGGGCACCGAUUAUUCCAAUGCUUCUCCCACCGAGGAUUCAGAUUCUUCGUUCACCGAAUUAGACCACUUGAUUAACGCUCAGCACAAAUGUCCCAAGAUGAGCGCACCCACAAUCUGCGUGGUAAUCUUUCUACUUGCAAACCUCUUCUUGGCGAUUUUUCCUUUCGUUCCUCCACCCUCAUCGUCGCUGGCUGCAAAUUCGCUGGUUCCAUAUUGGUGCUUUCCGGUAGUCGGAACUUCUGUAUUGCUCAUGGGUGGAGCAUGGUUUUUCUUACGAGAGUACAGAAAGAGCACCAGUACGCUCUAUGAAACACGAUUACAACACUUUAUAGACAUACAUGCUAUUUUACAUCUCUAUCUUGUGGGCCUCGGCUUCCUCCAAGCCAUCCAUUGCACCCGCACUGGUUCUCCACAAUUCUCCACAAUUCUCAAAUCUAGUGAUACUAACCAUGGACUUAUCAUUGAGUGGUUCCGGCUUCGGCAUGCCCAGGAAAUGGGUUGA